GCUCGCUAUCUCUCCAGAUUAGCCUGCUCGCUGCGCUGAUUCGUCCCCUGUCCUGCGCUGCUGUCGAUCGGGCUUGCCAGCCGCGACCAGUUGCCUGCAGCUGGUCUCUGUUGCGGCCGCAGUCUCCGCCAGUGUCCAUCCCGUCCUGGCGCACAGCCUGCAUCCGAUACCCCGAGCCACCCGAUGAUGUCGGUUGGGUCAGCUCGUGCUGCUGGCUGGCCGUCAUGUGGGGGUUUGGUCCGGGCUCGCUCGCACAAGCGACUGCACCCUGGUUGGGCCCCACAGCAAUCGUCAGCCGGCUCGCUCGUCUAUAUAGAGCCCUCUUCGCUGCCGACCAUCGACUUUGCUAUCACACCCUGGCUCUCUCGGCGCCACCCUCGUCUUCCUCUUCCCGCACCCGGCAGCAGCUGCCCCUGUUUCGUGUGUUUCUGAUCCCAGGUCCCGCUCUCUCUGUUCGUCGCCAACCCGCUCCCAACAAUGACCAUCCAACGAACAGACAAGGUUCUUCAGGUUUCCAAGCUCAACCCCAACGUGGUCAAUGUUGAGUACGCUGUCCGCGGUGAGCUCGCUAUCCGUGCCGAGCAGCUGAAGGAGCAACUCGCCAGCACCCCCGGUUCGCUGCCCUUCAAGACCAUCACCAACUGCAACAUCGGCAACCCCCAGCAGCUCGAGCAGAAGCCCAUCACCUUCUUCCGGCAGGUUGCUUCCCUGGUCGACUACCCGGAUCUGCUCAAGCCCGAAAACGCCCAGAUCACCUCGCAGCUCUUCAAGCCCGAUGCCGUCGACAGAGCCCGCACUCUGCUCGCUGCCAUGGGCGGCUCCUCUGGCGCCUAUUCUCACUCCAAGGGCAUCCCGCUCAUCCGCAAGCAUGUUGCCGACUUUAUCGAGGAGCGAGAUGGAUACCCCGCCAACCCCGAGCACAUUUUCCUGACCGCCGGCGCCAGUCCUGGUGUCCAGCUCGUUCUCCAGACCCUGAUCCAGAACAGCAACGUUGGCAUCAUGAUCCCGAUUCCCCAGUACCCACUUUACACUGCCUCCAUCGCCCUCUUCAACGGCAAGGCUGUCCCAUACUACCUCGACGAGUCUGCCGAGACCUUUGGUCUGGAUAUUGUCGAGCUCAAGAGAUCCAUCCAGGAGGCCCGCAACAGCGGCGUCGAUGUCCGUGCUCUCUGUGUCAUCAACCCCGGCAACCCCACUGGCCAAGUCCUGACUGAGGAGAGCAUGAAGGAUAUCAUUCGUUUCUGCCACGAAGAAAAGCUUGUGCUCCUCGCCGACGAGGUGUACCAGACCAACAUCUACCUCUCCACCCUCCCCUUCCACUCGUUCAAGAAGGUCCUGAAGAGCCUCGGCCCCGCUUACGAGGGGCUUGAGCUCAUCUCGUUCAACAGUGUUUCCAAAGGCAUGGUUGGCGAAUGCGGCCGCCGUGGUGGAUACUUUGAGUGCACCGGCGUCAGCGAUGACAUCAUCGACAUGUUCUACAAGGUUGCCUCGGUCUCGCUGUGUCCUCCUGUGCAGGGACAGGUCAUGGUCGAUCUCACCGUGAGGCCUCCCAAGAAGGGCGAUCCGUCGUACCCUGAAUACCGUGCUGAAAUCGAUGCCAUCUAUGAGUCGUUGAAGCGAAGAGCCACCAAGCUUGCUGCUGCCUUCAACUCGCUCGAGGGUGUCAUUUGCCCUCCUGCCCAGGGCGCCAUGUACCUGUUCCCCCGCAUCGUUCUCCCCCAGGGCGCCAUCGAUGCUGCCCAGAAAGCCGGCAAGCAGCCUGAUGCGCUGUACUGCAUGGAGAUGCUGAACGCCACCGGCGUGUGCAUGGUUCCCGGAUCCGGAUUCUGCCAGAGGGAAGGUACCUGGCACUUCCGUUCGACUUUCCUGCCCCCCGAGAACCAGCUGGAUAGCUUCAUCGACAGUGUUGCCCACUUCCACAACAGCUUUGUCAAGAAGUACAGCAACUAAUGUCCCAUGCGCGGCGCUCCCAGAGUGCUGACACUUUGAUGCAGCACCACCCCCCGUGGCUUAUCCAGCGGGAUUCCACAGUCGGCGGGUCAUGUCACUGCCAUUGCUCCCCCCACCUGUUUCUUGAAUAUACAUAUUUCCCACUGCA